AUGAGCACCGGCACUGCUACUACCGAAGGUUUAAAGUGCCCUACUCGCUUAUUAACCGGCAUUCUAAUCGAGUUCCAAAAAACAGAACUCUCCGCUUUCAAAGCCGGUCGAAGUACUCCGGCCGGCUUCGAAGGCGCGGGACGUUCGCCAACGAGGAGACUUGUUAUAGUGAACGCUUGGUGCAGGGCGGCGUCCUACUGCCGCCGCACGGCUCGUCCGGCGGGUCCACGACGCCGGGGCUGGGCAGCGGCGGCCACCCGUAACGGGGCCCGGCCGCGCCCCGCCCGCGCCCCCGCGCCCGCCCCGCGCGCGCCCCCGCCGUGCUAG